UUUCCUCCCGCAAUACUCACCCCACACAACUCCCCCGAUUCCAACCCUAGCCUGGCCGCGGCGUGGCCAUGGCGGAACCGCCGCCGCCGCCACCCCUCCCGCAUCUGUUCCCGCUGGCCGGAGGUCCUCCUCUCGUGGUCGUCUCUCCAUCCACUGAACCUUCCGCCCCCUGCCCUCCAGCUGCUGCUCCCGCUGGUGGUCCUCCAGCUACUGCUUCGGCCACAGCCGACCCUCCAUCUGCCGCUCCCGCCACCGGCGGCCCUCCAGAUGCUGCUCCCUCCGCAGCCGGCCCUCCAACCGCUGCUCCCUUUGCCGUCGGCCCUGAAGCUGGGGAUCUUGCGGCCACUGGCCCUGCAGCACCGGAUCUCGGAGCUGCCGGCCCUGCAGCUGCGGAUCCAGCUGCCGGUGCCCCUACAGGUGCUUCUCCAGCCGCCGGCCCUGCAGAUGCUGCUCCAGCCACCGCCGCCCCUGCACUGUCUACUUCCGCCUCAUCCCCAGCAGCAGGCGCCCCUACAGCCGAUGGACCUCCUAUUCUAGCUGGUGAGGAUGUUUCUUCUUCAACAUCUGCUCAAUCCCCGCGACGAAUUCCUGCAGUAAGGAUGGACCAGACAUCAACAUGUGUGCUAGAAGUUAGGAUAUGUAGCAGUCGCCGUAACUUCAGCGGAGGUUUUUCCUUCAGUUGGAGCAUUGAUUUGCAUGCUAUCACUACUAUGAAGGGGUUUCUAGAUGCUAUUUCUGCACAAUACUCUUGGGUUGUGUGGUCUGAUGAUGAAACUAUCAUUGUAGAAUGGUUUGAUAGUGCUAGUGAGAAAUACAAACCUGUUGCAAAUGAUGAAGAGUUGAUGACAAUGUUUGAGUGUUUUAAGCAAGUUAGACAUGGCAAAGUAGCACUUAAAGUUUUAAAUGAACAUGAAAAAAGGGAUGAGUUAAAUGCUAAUACGCCAUGUACUCCUUCACAUGCAACACCUUCUCUAGCACUGCCUAGUCAGCCAAGUAAUGUCAGUGAAGAAACUGAAGAACCUACGGAUACAUAUCUAGCGAAUCCACACGAGGAAUAUGAACAUGUAGGUGUUGAUGAGGAAGACCAGUACUCAAUUGGUAGUGCUUGCUCGGAUUCCGAUAGUAGUGAGGAUGAGGUUGAUAAUGUUGUAGUUGAUGUGGACGGUGUUGAGGACAGCAGUGAUGAUGAGGAGUGGAUUGCAGAAGAUGCUAUACCGGAUGAUGCUCCUCCGGAUGUAGCGCAUAACAUGGAAGACCCACCCAUGGCUGUGGGCACUAUAUACCUGAAUAUUGAAGUGUUUAGAUUGGCAAUUGCUCAAUACUCUAUUAAGCGUGAAUUUGAGUACAAAAUUGAAAAAUCUGAACCUACUCGAUUCAGAGCUAAAUGUGCACAAAAAGGAUGCAAAUGGAGAAUACAUGCCGGUACAAUUGAUGACGGUGCCAGUAUGGAGGUGAAAAUCCAUGAUGAAGAACAUAAUUGUCACAACACAAGAAAAAGUGAUAACCCGAAGGCUGCUUCAAAGUCUUGGAUAUGUUCCAAGGUAAUUGAUUGGGUAAAAGAAGAUCCUAGUGUGACAUCAAUGGAGCUACGAAGGAGGUUGCAUGACAAGUACAAGAUUUGGAUCCGUUAUGACAAAGUUUACCGUGGAAGAGAGCUAGCAUCGAUGAGGUUGUUUGGAAAUUGGGAUGAUUCAUUUGACAAGUUAUAUGCUUGGAAAGCUGAAGUUGAAAAGAGAUCUCCUGGAAGCAUAGUGGCCAUUGAUCACAUGGAGUAUAAAGGAAAAAAAGGUUUGUGAGGAUGUUUGUUGCAUUCAAGCCUUUGUGUGAUGGGUUUUUGGCCGGUUGCCGACCAUACUUGGCAAUUGAUAGUACUCAUUUGACUGGGAAGUAUAGAGGUCAGCUAGCAACUACUUGUGCUGUUGAUGGGCGCAAUUGGUUGUACCCUGUUGCUUAUGCAAUUAUUGACUCAAAAACAACAGAAAGUUGGGAUUGGUUCAUGGAGAAGCUUCAUCAAGCUAUUGGUUGUCCACCUGGACUUGCAAUCUGUUCGCAUGCAGGGAAAGGGAUUGAUAGUGCAAUUGAAGAGGUGUAUAAGUAUGCUGAACAUAGGGAAUGCAUGCGCCACUUGGUUGUCAACUUUAAGAAAAAAAUUCAUGGUAAAGUAUUUGAUGACCAUAUGUGGCCAGCAGCUUAUUCAUGGACUCCAGAAGCUUUCGAAGCCCACAUGGCAGCCAUACAUGAGAAAAAACCUAAAGCAAUAGAGUACUUGACAAGAUACCAUAGUAGGCUUUGGUCCAGGAGCAAAUUUUCCACUUCCUCAAAGGUGGAUUAUGUGACAAACAAUCUGGCCGAGUGCUUCAACAACUGGAUUAACAAGCACAAGGGCAUGAUGUUGUUUCAGUUGGUGGACAAAAUUAGAAGGAAGAUAUUAGUCAAGAUGGAGAAGAGGAGGAGGAUUGCCAAAAAAUUGGAAGGCCAUCGUAUACUACCUAGUGUUAUGAAGGAGUUGAAUGCAAAGAGUAGAGGGUUGGACAUAGAGUAUGAGAGGAUUGACCACAUGAAAGCAGAGGUGAGUGAGGGUGGUGAAGAUGGCAAGCGACAUGUUGUGGAUCUGGACAUGAGGACAUGAACAUGUAGA